AUGCUGUGCUACCGGAAGCGCACGAGAAAAGAGCUGAGGGAGGUGGCAUGGGACCAGUGGUUGUCAAGUCCUAUCCCUAAGGCUGGGUGGUCGCCAUUUGCGUGCCGGAGUUGCUUCCGCGAGGGCGAGCCUGUCCCGCUUCAUAGACGUCUCGGUUGUGAGCACACGUUCCCGGAUGAGCUCAAGGGCCUGACGCCGGUGGAGGAGAAGCUGAUCGCGCUGAACUCGUGCUACGGAUUCCACGUCAAGGGCCACAUCACGGUGUUCCCAAACAACGUACAAGAGCUGGCGACGGACGUGCUGCCGCACCCUCUCUUCCAGGUAAUGGACGAGAUCCACGUCUCGUGGCAGGGGGCGCUAAGGCCGACACCGAGCGAUCUGUCGAGUCUCCUAUCGGUGAGGCGGCGAGUCGUCGAGAGAGCCCUUGUCUGGUUGAAGAGGAACAACCCCCACUACGCCGCGAUCGAGAUCGACGCGGCAGAGAUGGAGAGCUGGGGAGACCCGGCCCACGGGGUGCCGCCGUUGGUGUACGAGCGCCUGGAGCGGAACGAGCCGUCGGCGUGGGAGAAGACGCGGACGGCGCACGUCGUGCCGCCCACGGAGCGGGCCAUGGACGACGAGGGGGCGGUGGAGAUCGAAGAAGUCCUCGCCAUGCUCAACCAAGGGGAAAGCACGACGAGUCGCGAGGCCGGCGAGCCAGAGGCAAGCGAGGUGGACGAGGUGCGUGGUCAGAGCUGCGGCGAGGCCGAUGAUAAUGCGAAGACGGUCAACGAGGUGACCUCGUCAGGGAUGUUUGCGUUGGACGGACCGCCCGACGUGGCCGACGUCGACAAGCUGCGGUUCGCAUGCGAUUCCGUUCGCCAAGGCGCAGCCGACGACGGUACGGGCCCGAGGACGUGGGUCGAAUCCUCGGCAAGGGGCAGCCGGGGCACGUCGAUGGUCCUGAACCAUUCAUCCAUGUCCGCCGCGGGGAUGAAUUCGCCGACUCGUUCGAAGCUUCUUUCUUCGCAAAGACCUUUCCACGCUAUUACCAUUCGGUGUCGGAGGGCCGCGGCCGGUCGAGGAAGCAAGCUCGCAGUUGGGCAGAGGCUCGGUCAACACGCGCGCGGCGGCGGAGGCGGGUCGCAGGACCUCCUGUCAUCCCGGAACAUGAGCCUUCGUACGUGGGCCGACACGGUGUUGCGACGCCACGGCGGCCGGUUCGCGACGCACCACAUCUUCGCAUUCCUCGUCUUCAACAUGGGCGUGCGGUCGAGGAACCGCCGCGUCAGCAUGCUGAGCGUGACGAGGAAGAACUUCCGCAAGGUGGAGCGCAUCGUACGGUCGCUGACCGCAGACGGGUUAGCGGCAGCUAGAGCCGAGCUGGAGAGCACAGGCAAGACGACCGACGACGGCGUGAAAGAGCUUCUCAGGAGCCUCUCGCUCUAUGGCUAUCGUCAGCCCAUGUCGAGAGAGCUCCGUCUCAGUAUGCGGCACAAGAUCCUGGCGCUCAUCGUCCGCUACGGCGUGCCUGCGAUCUGGUUCACGAUCAACCCAAACGACAUCACGAACCCGGUGAAGCUCCGACUGGCAGCGUACCGCACGCGCGACCCUGAGGCGGCCGAGGAGUUCCUGCGGAGCCUCGAUAUGUCGUUCAAACGGGUGAGGCUGUCCGUCUCCGACCCGAUGAGCUCAGCCAUGUUCUUCCACCGGGAGAUGACGCUGUUCUUCGAGCAUUACGUAAAUGCAGGGGAGUCGGUGUUCGGGCGCAUCGGCCACUACUACGGUGCCGUGGAGACCAACGAACGAGGAUCCCUUCACGUCCACGGGCUGCUCUGGUUACACGGAAACGCGCACCUGAGCUCCAUGCUUUCCGACGCCCACGGGGAGGAGCAGGCGGCGUACCGUGAGCGAAUCAUCCGCUAUGUCGAUAGCGUCUUCUGUGAGGACUUGGACCAGGAAGGCUUCUGCGCCGUGCAGGCGGAGCGUUCGGUGACGUCUGACGUCUCAUCCCUGCUGGACAGUGCCGAGCAGUUCUCGGCCGGAUUCGAAGAGGAAGCCAACUUCUGCGCCGGCGCGACGCAGAUCCACACCCACAGCCCGACAUGCGUCAAGUACUCCCUGGGCAACAAGGGGCGAAGGGGCGACCUCUGUCGCUUCAAGGCGCCAUGGAAGCUGGUCGAGGAGACGACGCUCUCACAGGACGGCGUGCUGCGGAUCCGCAGGACGCAUCCCAUGGUGAAUCGGUGGAACAAGGCCAUCGCCGUGGGGCUCCGCCACAACCACGACAUCUCCUUCAUAGCGACGCAGCGGAAGACCAUGGCUCUCGUCUAUUACGUGACAAAUUACGCGACCAAGGUAGAGGACCCGACGUGGAAGCGCGUCGCCGCGGCCGCGGAACUGCUGCCCGUCGUCGCAGCAGGUGGCCAGCCGGGUGCCAGGAGGAUGCCGGAAAUGGCGUCGAUAUUCACGGAGCGCGCCCUGUCGCAAGUCGAGGUCGUCGCCCAUCUCCUGGGAUACCCGAGCGAGUUCACGAGCAGCAGCGCCUGGGCGUACCUGAACGUGUCGGUGCUCUACUGGCACGUCUCCAGGCGCUGGCGACACCUUCGGCAGGAGAGCGGCACCGCGGUCGCAGACGUGUCCGUGGACGAGUCGGUAUUGAGGCGGCCAGGAAAGCACGCCGUCGUCUGCCUUGACGGCCACCUUAGCAAGGAUUUCGAGCAAGACGACGAGGAACAAUGCCACCGCCGAGCAGCCGUGCAGCAUCUUGCCCUAUUCGCGCCGUGGAGACCUUUCUUAGCGAAGAGCGAGGCGACAUCAACGAGAUAUGGAGGCGCGCACGAGAGCGGCUUCCGCCAAGAACCUCGUGCCUCGUCGAUAACGUUCAACUACUCCGGCGGUCCGCCGAGGACGCAAAGCGAGACGCCAAGCAAUGGGCAGCGUCGUCCGGCGACGGGGAUCCGGCCGGCGCACCUGGCGAUUGGGGGAGGAUGGGGAGGGCCGGGCGAGGCGGACCGCGAGGCGGGAUCCGCGUACCAGUCCGACAACGUCGGAAACGCAACGCGACUGAUCGAUGUCGUUAGAAGCGCGACCGGCGCGAACCAGAUCACGGCGGGGUCGCGGGAGCUUUCGGGAAUGAUGCAGCAGCUCUCCGCUUCCAGCAAUCAGCGCUAG